UUCAUUCUCCCGGAACUACGUCAUGAAAUAACGCAAAGUAUUAAUAUCACCUAUGGAAUCGAUCGGAUUCCUCUGCUUGCGGCACAACUUACGUUUUUACGGCUGCUUGUGAAUGUGCUAACCUGCAGCUGUUUCAAGUCUCCAAAGUAAGUUGUAGGUGCCUAGAGAAUUGAGCAGUCUGCCUUCUCUUCCUCACAAGUAUGUAUGCAGGUGUCCCCCAGGAUACGCGGAGGUUGGGCUCAUCAGAUGCCAACAUGAGUGGACCACCUGGCAGUAUACCCGAUGAAUACAAACACAACAAACUUGAGAACCAAAGAGCCCUCAUUGAACUCAAUGCUAAAAAGAAACGGCAAAUGCCGCUGAUGAUACAACCCAAUGACAAUAGCAACAGGCCAAACUCUGGGCGUAAAGGGCGAGAUGACAGCAGACCAUUGGUCAAGGGUGAUGCGGUCCGUGAUGCCAGGACAUCGGAUAAUUAUAAUUAUGUGUACACAGGUCCUGCUGCGGGCCUAGAGGUGGGCUCAGGUGAGCCGGUCCACCCUGGCAAGUACAACCUGAGAGAUGUGACUGAAGACGAAUCGAGAGAUGUCAGUGACACAGACAGUGACGACAUCCAGACAAUAACAGCUGACACAGAUCCCGUCCCCCACCCACGACGUCCUCGUCCUGUCCAAUCAGACAGCAGCAGCCCAGCCCUGAUCCAUGAAGAUGAUGUUGACAGUGAAUCCAUCCCCAUGCCCGUGGCACCCUCACAGGGAGAGGUCAGCUCCAGCCCCCACCUCGCUCCUAUCUCCACAUUCCAGACACAGAACAGCUCAGAGAACUCAGAAAAGAUUCCAAAGAAGAAAAAAAAAGCAAAAAAGACAGAAGAAACCUGUGAGGUGAAAAACUUUGAGGUGAGAAACUGUGAGCAGCAGCAAGAAGAGGAGGAGAGCGGGGGUGCCACCGCACGCUCCUACACACCAGAUGCCUCGGAGCUCAACGAGUUUGUCUUGAGGCCAGCACCCCAGGGGGUCACCAUGAAGUGUCGCAUCACCCGUGACAAGAAGGGGGUAGACAGGAACAUCUUCCCCACCUACUUCCUGCACCUGGAGCAGGAUAAUGGCAGAAAGGUUUUUAUCCUAGCUGGCAGGAAAAGAAAGCGCAGUAAAACAUCCAACUAUCUGGUCUCAACUGAUCCCACAGACCUAGCACGCAAUGGGGACGCUUAUUGCGGCAAACUCAGGUCUAACCUGCUGGGGACACAGUUCACCUUGUUUGAUGAUGGGGACAACCCAAAGAAAGGUUCUCAAGGUGCCAGACAAGAGUUGGUUGCUGUUGCUUAUGAAACGAAUGUUCUGGGCUUCAAAGGCCCGCGCAAGAUGACCAUCAUCAUCCCAGGGAUGACCAGUGAGCACCAACGUGUCAAUAUCAAGCCUCAGGGGCAACACGAUGGCUUGAUUGAAAGAUGGAAAAGAAAAAACAUGGAGAAUCUUUUGGAACUACACAAUAAAACACCUGUCUGGAAUGAUGAUACACAGUCCUAUGUUCUAAAUUUCCAUGGACGUGUGACUCAAGCUUCUGUCAAAAAUUUUCAAAUUGUGCAUGAUAAUGAUGUGGACUACAUUGUCAUGCAGUUUGGCCGUGUGGCCGAGGACGUCUUCACAAUGGACUACAAUUAUCCCAUGUGUGCCCUGCAGGCUUUUGGCAUUGCCCUGAGCAGCUUUGAUGGCAAGCUGGCGUGUGAGUGAGCUGGCCACCAAUCUCUUGUACACUUCUACAUGGCAGAUUCAGUCCAACACUAGCUUUAGCUUGAUGGACUGGUGGAGUGGUUGUCUAGACUUUUUGAAGGAUUGAAUAUAUGGUUUGAAUCAUUGAUUAGACUUGAAUGAUUGUAUGGACUGUUUGAAUGAUGGUCUAGACUAUUGGAGUGUGUUUACAUUGCUCCAAUGCUGUCUGUUAGGUCACUUGUUAGGUCUGGGGUUUGCUGUGUAAUUUCAUCAAAAUCAAAUGACCUUUGUUUUCUCAUUAAUUGACCUUUGUUUUCACAUCAAAUGACUUUUGUUUUUCACAUUAAAAUCCAUUUGUUUUCGGCCUGACAUAGACAAGAGAAUUGGAUGUAGUGCUCUAGAAUUAGAUUGAAACUCCGCCAUUUCCACUUGAUCCCUUUCCCACAUUCCAUAUACAAUAUAUGAGCGUGUAUCAAGAUUAAUAUAUGAGCUUGUAUCAAGAUUAAUAUAUGAGCUUGUAUCAAGAUUAAUAUAUGAGCUUGUAUCAAGAUUAAUAUAUGAGCUUGUAUCAAGAUUAAUAUAUGAGAUAGUGUCGAGUAAAAAACAACCUUGAACUUUUUUUAAAGCACCUGAGUACAUGGCUGGGGUAUUUGUCCCUGGUGUGAAUGAUGUUUUCAUGUGCCCAAGUGUGAUCCUUUUAUUCAGUUGAAAAUGUUCAGACUCUAGUUCAAUGAUUUGACAUUAGAAAAUAUUUUGACCCCUUAAACAAAUAUUUUGCCACAGAAACAAAAAUGUUUUGAUACUUACACAAUUCUUUUACCUUAUUGUUGUACUUUUAAGAAAUGGUUUUUAAUUACUUGUAUAGAUCUAUAUAUAUAUAUAUAUUUAAAUUAAUUUUUAUUAUGAGCUAAAUGUGUCCUCAAUAUUUCACCAUAUCUAACGUAAAAGAUAUACUGAUUUUGACAAUCUGUGAAAGUAAUGCUUUGAUAAGCAACUUAAGUACAGUGUCAAAAGUGUCAUAUUUACAUACUAGACAGUGUUGAAAGAUGUCAUAUUCACAUACUAGACAGUGUUGAAAGAUGUCAUAUUCACAUACUAGACAGUGUUGAAAGAUGUCAUAUUCACAUACUAGACAGUGUUGAAAGAUGUCAUAUUUACAUACUAGACAGUGUUGAAAGAUGUCAAAAAAUUUGUUCCACUAUUUUCUAGUAGAAAAAAUGUACAUUGAUAAAAACUAUAUUUGAUGAAGUAAGAUGAUCUGGCAUUGCCAUUUAGAAAGAGUUUGUCUGCAGACUGAGGUUUGCUUGUGAUAUCUGUCAUUGCCAUUUAUUUAUUUCUUUUUUUGCUGACCAAGUAUUAAUUGUCCAGUAGUAGUCAGCCUACAGCCUCUUGAACAUGAUUUCUUGCGACUCACAGACUAGACUACUGCUAAACUAGCUCACUUGAACAUGAUUUCUUGCGACUCACAGACUAGAGUACUGCUAAACUAGCUCACUUGAACAUGAUUUCUUGCGACUCACUGACUAGAGUACUGCUAAACUAGCUCACCUGUUGGAAUCAUCUCAAGUUUGAUCUUUGCUAAAAAAAAAAUAUUUGUGUUCAAAUUUUAAAGCUGUGAAACAUCAGAGGCAAACACCCAAACAUGGUGUCUAUAGACACCAUUUGUCUUGGUAACACCCAAACAUGGUGUCUAUAGACACCAUUUGUCUUGGCUGUUACUUGUGGGCUUGGGUAUAAAUUCUCUCAUCAACAGAAGAUGAUGAGAGAGAUAGUCUGUUUGGGGAUCUCUGCUGCCUUCUCAUUCGGGGUUCAGAGUUGACCUUAUUGGGGUUCAGAGUUGACCUCAGCCUGGGGUUCUAUCCCUAGUGAUAUUUGUGAUCUAAAUCAAUAGAUUUUACUAAUUAAGUUGUCCUACAAUGUUUUUUUUAAACUUUACAUUUACAAUUACAUUCAUAUUUCUAUUCAACAUUUUAAUGUUCUAUACAAAAUUUGAAUUAGUUUGUACAUUAAAACAAUCUGUUUGAUUUUAUAUAUUUAUAUGUGAAUAACUUUUUCAACUGUUGACCAUGUUUGCUAUCAUCAAAUUGUGAGUGGGCAUGACAGGAGCUAACAUCAGCAGGGGAUUGUUUCAUUCAACAGAAAAACAUGUUUUAUACACCAACUUCAUUUUCAAACUUCAUUACUUCUGAUUUGUAAUAAAAUCAUACCUCAAAUAUAUACAAAAAUUGUGUCAUUGCUAAAACAUUCCAAUUUUUUCAUGCAACCUGCAAGAUUUUUAUUUUUCUGUUUGCUUGUGUUAAAUUUGAUUGUUAGGUGCACAAAUUGGUAUUUCCUUACAAUUUUCUUUCAUCUAUGCUUCACACAUUUGUGAUUUCAUGUUCCUCUAUUGUACUAUACAUAUUAUUAUAUACCCCUUCCGACACGACCUCAGGAUUUUUGUCCAAAAAUUUAUCCCAUGUAUAGAAAAUGAUACAGUUGGUGUCCUGACAUCUUAUACCAAAUCUCCAUCAGUCAGGUAUUAUGCAAAUUAUGAUGUGUACAAAAAUGUACAGCGUGUCACAAUAAAGCGCCAGUAACUGCAUUUAUAACAUGCAAUUCUGGAAUUCUAUAUACCAAGUAUGAGAAUGAAGCAUUUUAUUUUAAGAAUAAACAAUUUAUAAGCGAUCUAAAAAAAUAAUUAAAUAAUUUUUUUAAAAUUUUCAAAUUGAGGUCAACAGUUUUUUGGACUCCAAUUUGAAUGUUGAAAAUGUAAAGCAAUAAAAAAAUACUAAACGUCUUCAACUAAAAGAGGUGCCGGAAUAGAAUAAAUGCAAAACAAUAUUAAAAUUUGUGUUUUUACUUAGAAAUUUUCUUGGUCAAAUCAAAUGUAUACAAAAAUGACCACCGUGUCGGAAGGGGAUACAGAUCCAUAUAAAUAUAAAUGUAAGUUUGUGGAGUGUAAGCCUGGAGUUUUUUAACCAAUAAUUGAUAAUGACAUUCUCCCCUGGCUGGUUGGGUUAACCACCUGGUCCCAUCCAAAUAAGAUCUAGCCAGAGAUCUAUGGCCUUCAAUUGAACCAAUGAUCAUAAGGCAGAAUGAUGCUCAAGUGGCCAUCCCAUUCUGAUAGUGUAACUAGUUCAAGUGGCCAUCCCAUUCUGAUAGUGUAACUAGUUCAAGUGGCCAUCCCAUUCUGAUAGUGUAACUAGUUCAAGUGGCCAUCCCAUUCUGAUAGUGUAACUAGUUCAAGUGGCCAUCCCAUUCUGAUAGUGUAACUAGUUCAAGUGGCCAUCCCAUUCUGAUAGUGUAACUAGUUCAAGUGGCCAUCCCAUUCUGGUAGUGAAACUAGUUCAAGUGGCCAUCCCAUUCUGAUAGUGUAACUAGUUCAAGUGGCCAUCCCAUUCUGGUAGUGUAACUAGUUCAAGUGGCCAUCCCAUUCUGAUAGUGUAACUAGCUCAAGAGGCCAUCCCAUUCUGAUAGUGUAACUAGUUCAGUGGCCAUCCCAUUCUGAUAGUGUAACUAGUUCAAGUGGCCAUCCCAUUCUGAUAGUGUAACUAGUUCAAGUGGCCAUCCCAUUCUGAUAGUGUAACUAGUUCAAGUGGCCAUCCCAUUCUGAUAGUGUAACUAGUUCAAGAGGCCAUCCCAUUCUGGUAGUGUAACUAGUUCAAGUGGCCAUCCCAUUCUGAUAGUGUAACUAGUUCAAGUGGCCAUCCCAUUCUGGUAGUGAAACUAGUUCAAGUGGCCAUCCCAUUCUGAUAGUGUAACUAGUUCAAGUGGCCAUCCCAUUCUGGUAGUGUAACUAGUUCAAGUGGCCAUCCCAUUCUGAUAGUGUAACUAGUUCAAGUGGCCAUCUCAUUCUGAUAGUGUAACUAGUUCAAGUGGCCAUCCCAUUCUGAUAGUGUAACUAAAUGAACUUAACUGUAGUCCGUCCAUCCUAAUGUUUUAUUAGACGUUGUACAAUUCUCAUUUUUCUUUGUGCUAGGGAAUUAAAGAAAUGAAUUGCAACA